GUCUCGGCGCUGGGUGGGCACCUGUCGUGAGUGGCUCCGGGCGUGGCUGCUCGUCGGACGUUCAGUUUCUGAAAGGCGUUUGGCAAGACUGGCGUGACAAAGGUGGCCCUGAGGUGUCUGGAGAGCCGGGACAAUGAUGAUCACUGAGUGAGUGGCACUGGGCUGAACCCGGGCCAUCUGUUGACUGACAGAAAGGGAUGCUAGCAGUUAGAAAGGUGAGGAGGAAACUCAGGAUGGGGACCAUCUGCUCUCCCAACCCCAGCGGGACAAAGGCAUCAUCGGAGGUCUGCAAUGCCGACUGGAUGGCCUCGCUCCCCCCUCACCUCCACAACGUUCCCCUUUCUCAUCUGGCAAUCCCAGGAUCCCAUGAUUCAUUCAGCUACUGGGUAGAUGAGAAGUCUCCAGUGGGACCUGACCAAACCCCAGCUAUCAAACGCCUGGCCAGGAUCUCCUUGGUAAAGAAGCUAAUGAAGAAAUGGUCUGUGACUCAGAACCUAACGUUCCGGGAACAGCUAGAAGCUGGAAUUCGCUACUUUGAUCUCCGUGUGUCUUCCAAACCAGGGGAUGGCGACCAGGAAAUCUACUUCAUUCACGGGCUCUUUGGCAUAAAAGUCUGGGAUGGGUUGAUGGAGAUUGACUUGUUUCUUACACAGCACCCUCAAGAGAUUGUCUUCCUGGAUUUUAACCACUUCUACGCUAUGGAUGAGGCCCACCACAAAUGCCUGGUUCUCCGGAUCCAGGAGGCCUUUGGAAACAAGCUGUGCUCAGCCUGUAGUGUGGAGAGUAUGACACUUCAAAGCCUGUGGGAGAACAAGUGCCAGGUUCUUGUUUUCUAUCACUGUCCCUUCUACAAGCAAUACCCCUUCCUGUGGCCAGGGAAGAAGAUUCCAGCCCCCUGGGCAAACACCACAAGUGUGCGCAAACUGAUCCUCUUCUUGGAGACCACUCUGAGUGAGCGGGCCCCCCAAGGCUCCUUCCAUGUCUCUCAAGCGAUUCUGACUCCAAGAGCAAAGACCAUUGCCCGGGGCCUAGUUGGUGGCCUCAAGAACACCCUGGUUCAUAGGAAUCUUCCUGCCAUCCUGGACUGGGUGAAAACUCAGAAGCCUGGUGCCAUGGGUGUCAACAUCAUUACAUCUGAUUUUGUUGACCUAGUGGACUUUGCCACAACCGUCAUCGAGUUGAAUGAUCUCCUGCAGGAGAAUAGAGCUUUGGCUAAAUGCUGAUUUAAUUUCUUAUUUCACUUAACGUUGAAUUUGUUGAUCCAGGGUAGAGUUCCGAAGGGUUUCCUGUUAGGAUGGCCCCUGGGCGGUGAUGGUGUAAUAAGAAGAGGAGGGAAUUUUUUUUCCCCUUCUCAUAGGGCCAUUGGAUAAAAUUAUAGGCCUUUUAAUUGCAUUUUUUUUCCAAAUGAGACUUUUAAAUAACCUAAGUCCAAGGGAAGAAAACAUGUUUCAUGUGAUCAAGGUCAGAAUAUACCCAAUGGCUCUUGAUGCUGAAUGUAAUAUGGAAGUGGGGUCUCCAAGUCCCAUUGGGGUAUUGAAUAUCCCCUGAUUAACCCAGUUCUCUGUUGGCAUCCCUGUUUGAGCCCAUGAGAAGGCUGAACCAGAAAGGCAUUCCUGAGCAAAAGAAGGAUUCAUUGCUGGUGUAGACAGCCUUUAUGGGGUGGUUCAUAUACCAGCCUGGAGCUCUGAAGAGAGGAUUGACCAAGGUCUGGUUCUCUCUAGGAUGUUGAAUGUCACCACUUCUUCCCUGAGAGAUUUAUUUAUCACUAAAGUAUUUCAACCUCAAGCUGUUCUUACGCAGCUUGUGCCGGUAACUGUUCACUUUCAUUCUUUAGAUAAACAGUGCAUACUGUCCUCAGUGUCAGAAAUGUGUUUCCCAGUUAGAAAACACUAAUUCCUCCCUAUUUCUUUUGGCCCUUUCUUGUAACUGAAAGGAACAAAGAUAGAACUUUUUGGUGUGGGCCCAAUAAGAGAUAGACAUGCAUGUUUGUUGCAUGCCAGAUUUCUUUGACUUAAUUCUGUAGCUUUCCCCAAAAUGACUGCUAGGUAAGCACAUGCAUCAUUUUGGCAAAGUCCUCUCCGAAGUGGGAUCUUCAAGCCAGAUUUUGGAAUGACAUGCCAUUUUUGUCUGCCUUGGACUCAGACCUGGGCUGAUGGAAGGCAUCAAGUCCAUGACACCAUGAAGGCAGACACAGAAUGCAUGGGAAAGUGCAAUGGAUUAAGAGUAAGCUCCAAGUGGGUUUGGAGCCAUUCUGUAAUUCUUUGAAAACAAGACUACCUCGGGGACGUUUAAGAUGACUUGUGUGUCAUCAGGAAUACCCAGUGUUGGAACAUUUCCAGUUCGUGUCUUGAUUGUUCUGCUUUCAGCAGGUUGUUCUGAGCCUACUAAUCACCACUGCAUGAGGGCUUUGAAACUCAAUAGGAGCUUUUUUUUUUUUAUUGAUAAGAGGUGCUUAGCUAUAAAAAGCCCUCUUGUUUUAUUUAUUUAUUUAUUCAUUUAUUUAUUUAUGGAUUAAUUCUCCUCAGUGCUUCUUACCUCAAGAGCACUCACAAAGGAGCUUCCUGAACCUUUCUCACCCAAGUCAGAUGCUGCCACGGUCUUCCUCCCAACUGGACCAUGUAUCUCAGGACUGUGAGUGACCUCUGGCUCUGCUGUAGAUGUCCUGGCUCUCUCCCUCGUGCCAGGGACUCAUUCAUGUGUGGGUGCAGUCCAGAUCUGAGACGCUACUACCAAGCCAUGCGCUGGGACAGAAGAUGAAAUGGGUCACGAAAAGACUCUCAGUUCUUAAGGAAGACCCUCCAGAAAAUGUUUGAAUUAGAAAGAAAACUAGACUUAGAAGUGUGUGCACUUCACUGGUCCUCAGAACUGUCAGAAUCCCAAAGAAGUGUCAACUUCUGAAUUCUUAAGGAGGAAAGAUAAUCAUGGGAUUUCUGAUGGUUGUGUGUACUUACAAGACCAUUGGACCACCUCCCUGCAGCUUUGCUUUCCUCUUCUUACACAUCAUAGAUAAAUUUUGCACGUCGCCCACAGUGGCAGGUGUCAUUGGUGAGCUGCUAAGAGCAUGUGCACACCCCCAACUCUUGGUCUUCCAGCCUUGACUUCUGUAAUGAAAGCCCCGACCUUUGGCUUCCACAGCUUGAAGUCACAGGACAAACAUCUCAAAGAAAAACUGGUUCAACUUUCCCUUUCUUGAACUUGAACUCCUCCCCAAAGUGGUUUCUGGGAUUUGAUUAUUAACUUUAAGGCUUUCCCUGGAAAGGAGUGAGAAAGUGAAUGCCCUCACUUUCUCAAUUUUCUUUCAGUCCUGAUAUUAAACUCCAGUGACAAACUCUGAACCCCCUGGGUUCAGGGUUUUGUUUGUAUUGUGAUUGGUUCACUUGGGUCUUGUUUUUAAUUCUUCAUCACUUGCCAGGGACCAGAUCAUUUCUCUUCUUUACACUACUUGUUGCUUGGCAGAGAUUUAAAGAGGCCAGAGAGCGUUAUUCUGUUGUCUUACUUGAGCCUCAGCUUCGUCCAGGUGCUUGGUGCUGAGAUGCCAGGUGUGCUGACAGGAUGCCGGUGACACCCAAGGGCUGCUGACACUCAGAAAUGUUUACUUGAUUUUCUCCUUCAGUUUUAAAAUAUGAAGUUACACUUCUUUUGGGUUGGAACAUUAAGUGCACAACAGCGUUGACAGGAGAAAUGCCACAAAGCUUGCCGCACAGCACAGAACAGGGAGCCAUGGAGGCAUGCUGGGAGUCCUGCCCCAGGCAACAAGUGCGAACCAUGCCCGCUCCUUCCUGUUGCUUUGGGUCACUGGGCUGGCUGGCACUUUGAAAUUCAGCACAGUUGUUCUGGAAGGCCAUGGGAAGAUUAUUUACAAUUCACUCUUGAAUUAGCAGAACCUCUGCUCCAAGAAAGAGUUGCUUGACCUAUUGUAAAGAAUAUGUGCGUUCUGCUCCUUGACCUCAGGCCAGGUGAGAGAACUGUGUGAUGGGACAGAGGGGAAAUAGACUUAUUCUGAAACUGCCAACAAUAAAAAUGGCGGCCCAGCCACAUCACUAUUCUCGCAAGUUCUAGGGACAUUUCAGAUCAAACAAGGUUAUCAGACUUGCUCAGAAUUAACUUUGAGAUCACCUAAUAAUCUAUUUGAUUGAGCCAAAGAGGACCUCAGUUUCAUAGGAGACUGAGUUUUUUCAUGAACUCUUUGCACCAUUUGCCACUAGCCACAUUUCCCUGGCUUUGUGGCAAAGGGAACCCUCCAAGGUUUCCCUGAGAUUAGAGUGUUGUUUAAAGGCUUGCACUUGGAGCUUGUUAGAGAUACCACUGUGGUUUUAUGAGUACAGAAGAUAAUCUUAGGAUUGGAGAGAGAGGUCAAGAUGGAAUUGGUUGAAGGGAAUGAUAAAUUAUUAGAAUAAAAUUUUUAAUUAAUGACAGAUCUAAAAGGAUCAUGCAAAAAUUAUAUAUAUAUAUGUAUGCUGUAUCAAACUGUAUAGUAAUUAAGUUUAGUUUUUUUCCUUAGUGCUGAGCUCAGGUCCCUGAAUUCUUGAGAACAGUAAAGUCAGAGUCCAAACCCAGGAUCUUAUAUAAAUUCAAAGAAAAGCACAAGAUCUAAGCCCAAGUAAUGAUUGAUGUUAAGAAUCCUACUUCUUUCGUGAAUUCAUAUUCAAUUCAUGAAGUGUACAUUUCUGUUCAAGAAGACAAUGUAGUGGAACAUUCUGGAAUUAAAUACAGUUUUGUAGACUUGUCAGGAUUUUGUAAAUCUUACCAAGAAAGUGCUCCCCAAAGAGACAUUAUUAUAGACCAGCUAGAAGGCUUGGCACUAAACUAAAGGCAGAGAAACAAGGAAUUAAGACUGAAAUAAAACAGCCUCUUUUCUGGGAAGGAGAAGGAGCUACACAAAUCCAGGCCAUCUUACAGAUUUAGUUCAUGCCGCAGUUGAAGUUUUUGUGAUAUUCUUGAUUGCUUGACUGCAGACUUUUCCUGUUAAGUUCUGGAAAAUAGAACCAACUGAUUAAUGAAUGGGGCACAACCCUGAGACUCCCUCCUCUUGGCUGUGAGAGUGGUCCUGUGCUCUGUCUGCCUUGAUCCUUUCAUCUGGAGUAAAGAUGCUGCCUGCUGCUUUAGUGCUGAGUAUUUCUGCAAACCUUGCUCAACUAGCUCCCCAAAUUACCAGGUUGCUUAUUUGAGGUUAAAUGUCUUCUCCCCCAGGUUCACGGCUGUGGUGGUUCUUUCUUGUGUGGCACGUGUGGUGAAAUUCUACUUGUGCUCAUUUCUUAAAUGUGGUGUAGGAUGACAAGACGAGUGUGACAGAGGUGCCUUUAGUGGUCAAUAUAAUGAGGCAAGUUAUGCAGAAAGAAACCUGCUGAUAAGUGUGUGUUCCUAAGAGGUGAGCCUUUCCAGUAUGGGCUGAAUAGUCAGGUUAUGCCAAGAGGAAACAGGUAGAAACUGAUAAUAUCAAAUUCCACACUGACAGGAAGUUUUUUUUGUGUGGCAUAGUACAUGGCUGUCCUAGUCUCACUGACUCUCCAGCAGCUGCCUUGUGGUCACCAGCAUGGUUCUACGACUCGCCAGUGUUGCCGUGGAACACACGGGAGAAAACUGAUUGGAUGAUAAGGGAUUUAGCUGGAAACUUUUCCCUUAACUCCAAAUGAUGUCGAACAGCUCUUUACUGCCCCAAGAGACCCACUAUCUCUUUAUCCUCCGUGUUCUCCAGAUUCCCGCUAGAAAUUGUGACACCAGUGCUGCUAAAUCUCUGAAUUGGCCCUAACCUUUGAGAACUGCACACAAUGCUAUUAACAUUGAACUGCACACAAUGAUAUAACACAGUCUCAAGACACUGUAGAAAUAUUCUAAGAUCAUCUUUUGACCUACAGUGGAUAUCAUAUUCUAGUCUUUUCUCUGAUGAACUUAAUUUUAGGACUUUUCAAACUAAUUUCAAAGGCACAUAAUUUGAAAAAAAAAUACUCUGUUUCUGGAAAUUGAAUUCAAUCCCAUAGUCUAUUGAUGUUUCAAUAGAAACAUCAAUAGUCAAGAGAUAUUUUCUAUCUCAACCUGUCUCAUCUCCUCCAUAGAGUCACACUUCUCUUAUCUUCUGGCCACCCACUAUCAACUGCUGGUUGCUGUUAGUCACAGGAUACUGGCAAAACUUACUGUAAAAGGCACACACAUUCAGUGAUGUUCAGGCACAUUCUUAUCACAGUGCUAUUUGCUCCUUACUCUUCUCAAAUGCAUUAUUCUGCCCCCUCUCUCACCCAGUCACUGGAACUAUGCCUAAGCUUGGGGCCAGUUCUUCAUUCAAAUAGCAGGGUCUUGUUCCCAAGCUUUGAGCCCAAUGGAAGCACAGCACUUUGAAAAGUCAAAUAGGCCUUUAUUAGCUCUGUGUAUUUGCAGGUUUACAAUUGUUGAUAGUUUAUAGCACUAAUAACACUCAGUCAUGAAUGCAUAUACCUAUAUGAUAAAUCUUAAAACAUAUUCUAGGCACAGUGGUCCCUUGCUAUUAUACUAAUUUACAACCUAAUAUUAAUACAUAUUACAUGCAAAUUGUGAUGCAUUAUUUGUAUUGUGUAUAUGCCAACUGUAAUACUUGACCUCACUGAUCAGCAAUUUGAAAAUACUGAGUUUGUCAUAGUGAAAAUAAGUCUUGGUCAACUCAGAUGAUACAUGAAUCUGAUAAAUGCUCUGUUAGAUAUUAUAUUUUGUCUUCUGUGCUUGUUUUAUAUUACAGUGCAUGCUGUUUGCUAAAUUAGAAUUUAAAAUAACAAAUUUUAAGGUUAGAAAAUUUUGCAUAUAUGAUACUUGAUACUCUGAAAUGUAUUUUGUGACUUAAUUAUCUUGUUCAUGUACAUUUCACUUGAUAUUUUCCAUCCCUAAAAAAAUAAUUGUGCAGAUAUCUCUCUCUUUCUUUCUUGUUACCUGGAUUAAACUGCUUAAUUCAACUUAAAACAUUGUAAAGCCAGAUUACCUCAUUUUAACUGUGAAAAAAGUUCAAUAGAUAUGACAUUGAUGUCUUUUCUUGUAUUUACUUGGAACUACCUAAGUGGAAUUAAACCUAAUAAUAAAUAUAAGGAUUAAACCUAAUAAUAAAUACAAGAUGUU